AUGGCCAGAACCAAGCAGACCGCUCGUAAGUCCACCGGAGGCAAAGCCCCCAGGAAGCAGCUGGCCACCAAGGCCGCCCGCAAGAGCGCCCCAGCCACCGGUGGAGUCAAGAAGCCUCACCGUUACAGGCCCGGCACUGUGGCUCUGAGAGAGAUCCGUCGCUACCAGAAGUCCACUGAGCUGCUGAUCCGCAAGCUGCCCUUCCAGCGUCUGGUCCGUGAAAUCGCGCAGGAUUUCAAGACUGACCUGCGCUUCCAGAGCUCUGCUGUCAUGGCUCUGCAAGAAGCCAGCGAGGCUUACCUGGUCGGCCUCUUCGAGGACACCAACCUCGGAGACGUAGCUAACGUUAGGAUGUCUGGCAGAGGGAAGGGCGGCAAAGGACUCGGAAAAGGAGGCGCCAAGCGUCAUCGCAAGGUUCUCCGCGAUAACAUCCAGGGCAUCACCAAGCCCGCUAUUCGCCGUCUGGCUCGUCGUGGCGGAGUCAAGCGGAUCUCCGGUCUCAUCUACGAGGAGACCCGCGGAGUGCUCAAAGUGUUUCUGGAGAACGUGAUUCGUGACGCCGUCACUUACACCGAGCACGCCAAGAGGAAGACCGUGACCGCUAUGGACGUGGUCUACGCUCUCAAGAGGCAGGGCCGCACUCUGUACGGCUUCGGCGGUUAAACCAACGGUGAAUCGUUCACAACCCAAAGGCUCUUUUAAGAGC